AUUAGCGCCAGUAAUAUCAAAUUUAAAAUGGCAGUCUCCGAAGCUAAUAUGGUGGUUUUACUCGUUUUCACAGUCAUAUUUGUGUCCUUUGCUCUGGCGAUUCAAGUUGCAAUGAUUCUAUGGCGUAAAUGUCACCCACGUUCAUUUGAUAUCGCAACCUUCUGCGCCCUAUCCUGUAAACCACCAGUUUUUGCUUACAUGACAUCGUCGUGGUGGUUCAUCAUUUUUUGGGCUAUUUUCUUCUCCAUUUCUACGGUGGCCUUUCUCAAAGCUCUUCAACGACCUCUCCUUUCCUCCACACCAGGUUUAAUUUUCAUUUGGUUUUAUCUGGUACACAACUGCAGUUUUCUACUUUGGAUGGUCGGCUCAAUGGCAUUCCUGAUUGGAUUUUUCACCGGCGUUUCUUGGUUGACGAAUUUUGGAAUAUUAUGCACCUUAUACGCAGUGUAUUUCGGUCUUGUUGGUGGCGAUUUUGCUAUGCUCAUUACCGACAAUCUGUUUCUUAAACCGGGUGUGAAUCACACAGGCCAGAUCCUGCCCAUCUUCUUUGCCGACCCCUUAAACUGCUCUCUAUGUGGUCAUUUGGUGAGUAGCGAAAGUAGAUGCAUUAUCAGCUGCGAUCAUACAUACCACCAACACUGUAUUCGCGGCUGGCAUAUGAUUGGCAAAAAAUCUACUUGUCCCGUGUGUCGAGAGAAAGUUGACUACCGAUUUGAUCGUAAUCCAUGGGAAACGCCGGAUGAGGUCCUCCAAAUUUACCACAAAUUCAUCCGCUGGCUUGUGGUCUACCUACCCAUGUUCCUUUUGGCAUUCGGAAUUCUCUACAAAGUCCUUUAGAGUAUUUGAUUUCGUUCCUGCAAAAUAAUGGUCCAAGUCUAAUGAAAAUUCUGUACCACGAGAGUCAAAUAAAUAAACCAUAAAAACAAAUCAUUUCUUUUCCAGAUUUUUACUCAGCAUAACGUGAGUAAACACAUUUUUUACUCGUGUACCGGCAGUCGUUAUCCCUAUGCUAUAAACAUUUCAGUUUCAAGCUAUCUGUUUACUCUCUCUCUCUUUCUUGUCGUCCA